AUGGUGUACUUCUCAGUGCCGACGUCAGAGGAGCCCGUUCUGCCGAGCAGCUCGCAUCGACCUCGGAAGCGAUGGGGUGUCCUGCCCGGCGCCAGUGGCCGCUACGGCUCCGUCGUCCUCUUCCUCGGCACCGCAGCCCUCACCGGCAUCGUCUUCCACCUCCUCGCCUUCUCCGCCCUCAAUCGCUAUGCCGGCUCCUACAACGCGCCCCCGCCAGAUGUGGAAACCCCGCACAGCAGACCGAAUAUAGUGGACUACGAGCCUGAGCUUGCAGUGCCACCGCCAGAAGAGCUCGCCGACGAUCUCCCGGUGGCUGCUGUAAAUCCUGCUACUCUUCCUCCUGCCAGACCGCAUCGACCGGCGAACACGGAGGAGUGGGUCGUCUCUGCACCACGACCGGACUACCACGAGCUGAGCCUGGAGGCGCUGAGGGACCAGGUGGCGACGACCAAGGGAUUCUUCGCGCGCGACUUCAGCCUGGGACUGGGCUGGAACAACAUGCGAUACAUCAUCGAGGCUGCCGCUCUCCAAGCUACUCUCCUCAACCGUACCCUUAUCCUACCAAGCUUCGUAUACGCCCGUGCAUGCGAGUAUGACAUCCAUGUCUGCGCAGAGUACGCCACGAUGGUCAACAAGGGCGACGCCAUCGGCUGGGACGAAUGGCGCGAGCUGCCUAUCGAACAACAGAUGGGCUGGCAACUUCCAAUGGGCCUCAUGCUCAACAUGACCCGUCUUCGGGAAAAGCACUCGGUCAUUCUCGUCUCGGACUACCUCCGCCUCCACGGCCGGCCCGCGUCAGAUGAGCACUCGAACGGCGCUUGGCAUCGGACGGACUACAUCUCUACGCCGAACGUGUUCGAGGCGGACCAGAGCAAGAGGCCGAGCCAGUUCGUGGUCGAGAACCGGUGGUAUGAUCCGCAGGGCGUCAAUCGUGUCGACUUUAUCCCGCAGGAGAUGAAGGUCCGCGGGAAGUACGAUGAGAGGUUGAAGGAUGAGGACUCUGGACGGCGUGGCGGAUGGCCUGAAGAGCCCGAGUCUACUGUGUCAAGGCGGUUGACCGCUGCACUGCCGGAGAACAAGUACUACCUGGACUUCGCCACUGCCAAAUCGGUUCUCCAGGACGGCGACUCUGGAGCGGUGUGGGAUCUCAGCACGGACGAGAAGGUCAUCGAUCUCCUGCACCACAACGGCUGGGAGGUGCUCUACACCUUCCUGGGCGCUCUCGGUGCGGACUAUACCAAGACGGUCGUCAACCCACUGGAUCAAGUCGUCCGCCGCUCGUCGAUUCGCGGCUGGGUCGACGAAUACGAUCGGGAAACCGCGGACGUCCUUGUCUUGGCAGGCGAAACGCAUCUGUACCGCAAGCCCGGCGCGAUGCGCUUCACGACCGAAGCCGGCCGUCGCUCAUUCCAGGACACAGUCCUGAAUUACCUUGUGCCAGUGGACGCAGUCGAUGAGCUCGCAUCGAAGCUCGCUUCGCGGAUGUACGAGCGCACUCAGGGUCGACUAUGGAUGGGCGCACAUAUGCGGCGCGGAGACUUUGUGCGUCUUGGUUGGGCCAUGGAGAAGGAUCCCGAGACACACGUACGGCGCGUGAAGGACCGUUUAGGGAAGGGAAGAGAGUUCUUGGAGAGCCUCAAGAGCCGUGAUAUCCAGGUCUAUGAUAUUCCCGGUGUCAAGCCUAAUGCGGACCUACUCUCUCGCCCUCCCCCUCGUUCUGGUGACGACUUCUACGUCGCCACCGACGAACGCGAUCCGGAGGCCAUGAAAGUCAUCCAGUCCAACGGCGCCGUCUUCAUGAAGGACCUCUUGACGAAAGACGACCUACGAGACUUUGGCUGGUCGCUCAUGAUCACCGACUACCGCGCCGUCGUCGAGCAACAUCUACUCGCCCACAGCUCAUUCUUCUACGCGCACGCCAUGUCCUCUGUCGCCGGCGGCAUCGUGAACAUGCGCGCCGCGGCCGGCGCAGACCGCCAUACCUCGUUGCUCGAUUGA